CACAAUCCUUUACCUUUCGACAUCACGAAGAGAUCGAACAACUCGGGGAAAGUACUCGCAAGAAUCAGCGUGAAACGCGAUUACUUAUCUUACGAGGAACUAACACUCGGCUUGGUGCGUGUCGCUAAUUGCGACCAGUUGACAUCAAUUAUGAAACAGCUGGCAACGUGUCUCUAAUGACGUAACCGAGUAGAAUGCGCGAAAAACUCGUCUGCGGCUCAACUCAUCAAGGCCACAGUCGCUAGCCGCAACGACCAGGCUUUCCUCAAAUUUCACCUCGUUCCAGUCAAUUGGCGGAGAUAGCGCGGGUGGCCGCCGGAUCCGCGAGGACUGAAACACGAAAACCAGUGUGGUUAAUGGUACUUUGACCGAACCUUGAUCGGAUGUCUAUCUCAUUCCGUUCCGCCGACAUGGACGAGCACGAGAAGAAUCUGAUGACUGGGACGUUGGAACAGAGGAAGGAGGCCUUUAAGGAAGACGAGGAGCUGAUGAGGGAGACUACGAAAUUCAUCACCGACGUGAUAGAGACCGCCGCUACAGAAGCCUCGAAGAGGAAAGUUCAGUCGGAGGAAGCUGACGCAGGUGAAGGCAGUAGAUUGAAGGGUGGCGAUACCAUCGCUGGCUGGAACAACCGAGCGCGCGGAUUCUGCAAUCGUAUUCUGAACGCACUCUGCCCUUGCUUCGCCAACCAUGAACUGUUCGCCUGGACUCCGUACCGGUAUCGCUUCACAAGACCUUAACCGUUCGAUGACUUCCGGAUUUUCCGUUCCGUCGUGCGAGCUUGCGAUUGAUGCAAAUCAAACGUAGGAUUAAGUUUCUCACUGUCAAUUUGAUCCUCGCGUCUCGUGUCCCUCGCAAUCCGUCACGGAGACGUUACCGACGUCCGCCAUGAAAGAACCGUCGGGAUUUUCUGGUCUUGACGGCUGGUAGUUAGUGCGAUGUCGUGUGAAUGAGCCGUCGGCGAAGGAUAGCGUUCAAUGGCAAACGCAAGCAAUGGGUGUCGAAUUAAUUGGAUGCUACUCGUGCGUUUCGAACGCGCAGUUCGUUCGAGUGCUGCAAUAAUCUCGAUUUCUCUCGCUUUACUCCGGCAAAGUACAAAAAUGAUGGUAAAUAUGUCACGUGUUAACUGUUAGGUUAAUGCCUUCCAAUUCUACGAGUCUCCCAGACGAGCACUCUCCCGUCAGCAAUGUCGCGAUGGCAGACAGUUCCUCGUGCAUUCGCGAUAUCAAAUUCGCCCUGAUCCCACACAACACAGCAUCUAAAAUCGGGACAUAAGACAUCUUAAAGACAUCUUAUAUUUCGACGUCUGAGAGGCGUCUUGUGUCUCGAUUUUAGAUGUUGUGGGAUCGAGCAGAUAUCCGAGGGAGCAGCAUCUUUGUAUGCAAUCGAACGCGCCGCCUUUCGGCUGUUCUGUCAUUUUUUCUGUGCUGAUUGGCAGAGUAACGACGUGUGCAUACGGUAGUUUUAAAUCGCGUAAAGAUUGAGGGUUUGUGUGCCGAGAAACUAGUGAGUAAUGCACGAAGAGAUGUGAUUAUGCAAACUACGUGGCCGAGGUUUGUAGGAUGAAUAAUCCAGACACUUGUAAUGUGUCUGUCGGUGGGAACUGUAACAAGAAAAUAGAUUCACUGUGUCGCAUCCAUGUUCCGGGGUUACAUAUUGUGAUUUCGAAAUUUACAAUUUGUUAAACGUGUUCAAGAUAUAUAUAUAUAUAUAUACAUACAUAUAUAUCUUUUAUAUAAAUAUAUGACAUAAUUUUUAAAAAUCAUUUGAGAGAUAAUACAUAUAUAUUUAAAAGUUUUAUCUAAUAAAUUUCUCAGAGGCAUUACUAAACGCAGCAAUAACAUGCAUGUGAUCGUAAUUAGGAACAUGUCACACAGCGGUGUAUAUCAGGGUGCACUGUAUUUAGAUGGUUUCGGAUGAAUUCGUUUCUAUUUAACGUUAUUUCAGUUAAGAGAAUAACCGACUGACCGUGCAUUUAUAUCGGACACUGUAUUCUUUAUCCGCACACGUACACGUCCGUAGGAUGAGAGAAUUAAUCGAACAUAUUGUGUUCACGUUACUUUGUCAAUAUUACUUUUGGCUCGGAACUUAUUGAAGGGGAGAUUCCUGUUAGAGAUAAGCAAUAUCAGCGUUAUCGCCGAUAUCGCUCGUUAACCGCAAUACCGUUAAAAUAUGGAACUGUCAAUAACACGCGUGUCAUCGUCGUCGGGAAUCUGCAUGAGAACGAGCAGUAUUAUUAUAUUUAUUUCAAUAGAAGCCCUCUCCCCCGUAUGUAUGUGUGGAUAUAGUGAAGUCAUACAGUGGAUCUGUAAAGUCUCGGGAAAAUCCUGUCAGAUAGAUUAUCCGAAUGCAGAUGACGUUGUACAUAACGGAUAAGGACGGGUGUCGUGACCGACUACGUUUCAAUGAGCUGUAUGUUAGCCGUACUCACACUUUGAAUGUACCUGUAUCGAUCAAUCAAUCAGCAUUGUGUACGUGCCGUAA